AUGAAUGUGCAUUAUAAUAGUUAUCUAACCUUAUUAAAAUUGAUCAGCAGGUUUGAAUAUACAUUAGAUCAUGUAGUAAUAUUUACAGUAUAUCAACUAUACAUUGAUGGUAAUUCGAUUGAUUCAAAUAGAUUUCAGAUCGAUUAUUGUUUAAAUACAUACAACUGUUUACUGAAUAAAAAUUUACGAAAAUCAAGAAAGUGUCUAUUGUUAUACGUUUAUGCCUGGUUAACUUCAAAAACCAUAGUUCGGAAAGAAAUAUCAAUAAUGUCGACAAAUAAUACUAGAGACAUUGAUGGUGUAUUACGCAGUAGGAUUGCAUCAUUGAUAGGAGUUGAAUCAUCAUUUCCAUCAACAACUAUACCAUCAAAUACAUUUAUAUCACAGAGUCUAACUAACACAUUAAUAAAUAAUCAUGAUCAACGUGGAUCUGGUGAUAUAGGUGAUGAUCAUUAUACAAAGAAUGAAAAAAUAAUACAUCAUACACAAAUAAAUAAUAUUGAUGGAAUUAUAUCAACGAAUCACGAUGAUGAUGAUGAUGAUGAUGAUGUAAUGACUAGUUGUAUUGAAAAUGAUGAAUCAUUCAAUAGUUCAUUGUCUAAUAAACUGGUAAAAACUUCAACAAAUAGUUUUAUUACUGAUACAGAUAUGGAUAAAGAAUAUCAAGAGAAAUCGAUAACUGAUUCAACUUAUUAUUCAAUCUCAUCUGUAUCACCAUGUUCUGAUAAUAAUUCAGAGAAUAAUCCAAUUAAAUUAUCUAAUUCACCUUUACUACAUUAUACUACUAACAGUGAUUUAAUGAGUAGUAAAUUUAAUGAACAACAAUUUACAACAGAACAAAUAAUAGACAAAAUAACUAUUAGAAAUAAUCUGAUAUCAAGUGAAGAAAAAUAUAAUUAUCAAGAAAAUAAUUCAGUACCUAAUGAUAAUUGUUUAAAGAAUAGUAUAAAAUCAGAGAAUAUACCAACCAAUGAGAAUCAAGUUCGAGAUCAACAGAUAUUUACAACAUCUUGUCUAGGAUUACAAUCAAUAGAUUAUUAUCAACAAAAUCAAUAUGAUGAUUGUUAUACAAGUAAAAACUCUGGUAAUAAUACAUUAUCAAACAAUAAGCAUAGUAGUAAUGUAACCAUGUCUAGCAAUAUGAAUACUAAUCAUACUACUAAUACCAUUAGUAGUAGUAGUAGUAGUACAAAUUAUGAUCACCAAUCAAAUCGCUCAAUUGAUGAUGACUGGCAUACUACUACUGAAAAGAAUGUUAGUAGUAGUGGUAAUCUUGUAACAAAAAAUUUACAUGAUACAACUAAUUUAUUAAAUAAUGAUAAUGAUAAUAAAACUAAUUUAAUUGUUAAUUACUUACCAUCAUUUAUGUCAGAAGAAGAAGUGAAAUUAUUAUUUUCAAGUAUUGGACAAAUUGAAAGUUGUAAAUUAAUACGUGAAAAAUUGACUGGUGAAAGUCUUGGUUAUGCAUUUGUUAAAUAUAUUCAUUCAUAUGAAGCUGAUAAAGCAAUAAAUACAUUGAAUGGUUACGGUUACAAAAUAAAAUAA